AUUCAAUAAUGUAUUGGUGAAAAUAGGUUAUGUUCGAAAUGUCAAUGUCCUACUUGAUAAUUAUAGUUGCAAAAAAUAAUAGAAAAAUAUACAUUUUUUAAGAGAAUAUUGACUAUUAAACAUACGUUUAUCAUGUUUUUAAUUCGAAGAGCUAUUUUGUCAAAACAAAACUUACCUUUAAAGUUAAUUCAACAAGAAAUAAUAAACUCCAAAAAAGUUGAUGUAAGUUUUUUCACACGUGGUGUGAAAAUUUGUCAACAAAGGUAUUGUUCUUCGGAAGUUAAACAAUCAACAGAAGAUAAAGAGUGUAAAAAACAUCCCUUGGCUGUGACAAUAACAAAAUUGAAAUUGUCAUUUACGUGUAAAAAGUGUUCUACAAGAAAUGAUAAAUUAAUUUCAAAAUUAGGUUACGAAAAAGGUGUUGUUAUAGUACGUUGUGAUGGUUGUAAAAAUAAUCAUCUCAUUGCUGACAAUUUAGGAUGGUUUUUUGGAAAAAAUGAAAAAACAAAUAUAGAAUAUAUCCUUAAACAAAAAGGUGAAAUAGUUCGUAGAAUACCACACGAUUCUCAGGGUUAUAUGGAAUUUGUCACAAAGGAGAUUUUAGAGGAAUUUCAAAUAGAACAUAAAUUAAAUGAAUCUUCAUCAGAGAAAGAAAAAUUAUUAUCACAAGACAAUGAAAAACAUCAGGAAUCAGAGAGAGAUACAAAACAGGAAGAAAUUUCAAAUAAAAAUGAAGGAGAUUUAAAAUAAUUUCUUUUUUUUUU